AGUAGCUACACGUGUGACGUUUCUAAAAAUCAAACAGUUUGGCAAUCGGUUCAAAAUUCGGCGAAUAAUUCCACUUUUAGAUUCAGCAGUACCUCUCUCCUCCAUAGACUUCUAUGCACCGCUGCCUCGGCUGGCCCCGGUCCAAGAUGGCGGCGCUGUAAGCACGUCUCUCGACAGCCUAUGAUGCGUCUACCUAUAUAUGUCUAUGCUCGGGAGGGCCUCCACGGUAGCGCCCACCGCCGGAUAUCAACAUGUCAGUUGUACUCAAGGUAAUCACCUUCGGGUAUCAGGAUUUCUAUCAAGACGGUAAACGACGAACAGCAGUUUGCAAGACGUGCAACGUGAAAAUCACAGACAGUCAGACGACAACGUCAGAUUUCGUCCGACAUUUGAAGACCCAUUCAGCCCAGUGUUUCAGAGUGACGACGACCUGCAGACACAGAGGACCGGUGACGGAGAAGCAGCCCAGGAUUUUUUGUGUUUCUGCUCAAACCCAGACAGCAGAGAUCUGUACUGGUGGGAAGAAGCUGAGUGGAGUCCUGACUGGUUCCAGGAAACAGAUCACCUGUCUGAGCGUCCAGGAGUUGACUGGAAACUUUCUUCUUCUUCUUCUUCUUCUUCUUUUUCUUCAGUGCUUUGGAUAAAGUGUGAAGGUUGAAAGUGUGUGUGAGCUGCUGUGAGUUGAGCAUCAUGGAUGAGUGUGAGGACAGAGAGGAGGGAGUCCCUCCCUCUAAAAGCUCUCUGUGUGGGGAACAGGAGAACCAGAGCAAAGCUCAGAGGAAUCCACCUGGACCUGGACCUGGAUCCAUCUGUGUCUCCUUUAAGAGUGACCAGUCUAAGCGUCGCCUCAUUAACUUUAAAGAUCAUCAAGUUCCUGCUGCAGAGGGCAUCCAUCAGAGUCCAGAGUCCUCUGGACCUGAACCUUCAUCCAGCUGUGUGUCCUUCAAGAGCAACAAGUCUAAGGAUGAUCCUAUCUAUUUUAAAUUAGAACCAAGUCCUGCUGCAGAGGGAGUGGAGCAGCAGAACUCAGAGGUUCCCAGAGCUCAGUCUGUCCAGCAGCAUCACCUGGACUCCAUAUUCAUGCUGCUGGAGUACAACAUGGUGACUUUUGUGAAAAAGGAACUGAAGAAGAUGCAGAAGGUUGUGAAUCCAGAUUACCCAGAAUGCUCAGAGAGUCAGAGGGAGGAUGAGGAGGAGUUGGAGGGUGAUGAUGAAGAGCAGAGGAGCAGCAGAGAGAUGUUUCAGCAGAUCACAGUGUUGUUCCUGAGGAGGAUGAAGCAGGAGAAGCUGGCUGACUGUCUGCAGAGCAAACUUCCUGCUGGAGUUUGUGGACAUGAACUUAAAUGUGGACUGAAGAAGAAGUUCCAGAGAGUGUUUGAGGGCAUCACUAAAGCAGGACAGCCGACCCUCCUGAAUGAGAUCUACACAGAGCUGUACAUCACAGAGGGAGGGACUGCAGAGGUCAAUGAUGAACAUGAGGUCAGACAGAUUGAAGCAGCAUUCAGGAAAGCAGACAUAGCAGAAACAAGCAUCAGAGCAGAAGACAUCUUUAAAGGCUCACCUGGAAGAGAUGGACCAAUCAGAACAGUGAUGACACUGGGAGUGGCUGGCAUCGGGAAAACAGUGUUAACACAGAAGUUGACUCUGGACUGGGCUGAAGACAAAAGCAACCAGGACAUCCACUUCAUGUUUCCACUGACUUUCAGAGAGCUGAAUGUGCUGAAAGAGAGAAAGUUCAGCUUGGUGGAACUUGUUCAUCACUUCUUCGGUGAAACCAAAGCAGCAGGAAUCUGCAGGUUUGAAGACUUCCAGGUUGUGUUGAUCUUUGAUGGGUUGGAUGAGUGUCGCCUUCCUCUGGACUUCAAGAAAAAUCAGGUCCUGACUGAUGUUAGAGAGUCCACCUCAAUGGAUGUGCUGCUGACAAACCUGAUCAGGGGGAAGCUGCUUCCCUCUGCUCGCCUCUGGAUAACCACACGACCUGCAGCAGCCAAUCAGAUCCCUUCUGACUGUGUGGACAUGGUGACGGAGGUCAGAGGCUUCACCGACCCACAGAAGGAGGAGUACAUCUGGAAGAGAUUCAGAGAUAAGAAGCAGGCCAGCAGCAUCAUCUCCCACAUGAAGAAGUCACGAAGCCUCCACAUCAUGUGCCACAUCCCAGUGUUCUGCUGGAUCACUGCUACAGUUCUGGAGGAGCUGCUGAGAACCAGAGAGGGAGGAGAUCUGCCCAGAACCCUGACUGAGAUGUUCAUCCACCAUCUGGUGGUUCAGGCCAAAGUCAAGAAGGUCAAGUAUGAUGGAGGAGCUGAGACAGAGCCACACUGGAGUCCAGAGAGCAGGAGGAUGGUUGAGUCUCUGGGAAAACUGGCUUUUAAUCAGCUGCAGAGAGGAAACCUGAUCUUCUAUGAGUCCGACCUGACAGAGUGUGGCAUCGAUCUGGAAGCAGCCUCAGUGUACUCAGGAGUGUUCACACAGAUCUUUAAAGAGGAGAGAGGACUGUACCAGGACAAGGUGUUCUGCUUCAUCCAUCUGAGCAUUCAGGAGUUUCUGGCUGCUCUUCAUGUCCAUCAGACCUUCAUCAACUCUGGAAUCAACCUGCUCGAAAAAGAACAAACUGCCUCUAACACACCUGAUCCAACAGGUUUCUACCAGAGAGCUGUGGAUGAGGCCUUACAGAGUCCAAACGGACACCUGGACUUGUUCCUGCGCUUCCUCCUGGGUCUUUCACUGCCGACCAAUCAGAAUCUCCUACGAGGCCUGCUAACACAGACAAGAAGUAGCUCACAGACCAAUGAGAAAACAGUGAAGUACAUCAAGGAGAGGAUCAGUGAGAAUGUGUCUGUAGAGAGAAGCAUAAAUCUGUUCCACUGUCUGAAUGAACUGAAGGAUGUUUCUCUAGUGGAGGAGAUCCAACAGUCCCUGAGAUCAGGACGUCUGUCCACAGAUGAACUGUCUCCUGCUCAGUGGUCAGCUCUGGUCUUCAUCUUACUGUCAUCAGGAGAAGAUCUGGACGUGUUUGACCUGAAGAAAUACUCUGCUUCAGAGGAGGCUCUUCUGAGGCUGCUGCCAGUGGUCAAAGCCUCCAAGAAAGUUGUGUAA